AUGACGAGUGAACAGCAAGUAAAAUUCAAGUACCUUCUUCAUCUCCAGUAUUUGGAGGCAAAGGAGGUAUUGGAAGAGGGACGAGGGGCGAUUGCUACUUCUGGGAUUGUCGUCGAAUGA